UAUUAGCUUUUCGAACCGCAAACGCAAAAUAAAGAAAAUUCAUGUUUGGUGUGAAAUAGUAGUUUUGUUUUACAUAAUCGUAUCUGAAAUGAAUUUUACUAAAUAUUUUAUUUUUAGCAUAUUAUUAUGUACAAUACCUGCAUUGGUUUUUUGUAAGGGUCAAGUAACAAAUUUAGAUGAAGAUUCCUGGUCGAAAAUGUUAGAUGGAGAAUGGAUGGUUGAAUUUUUUGCCCCAUGGUGUCCUGCCUGUACACAGUUAAAACCAGUGUGGAAAGAAUUUGCUGAAUGGAGUGAUGAUUUAAGUAUCAAUGUGGGAGAUGUCGAUGUAACGCUAAAUCCAGGUUUAAGUGGACGUUUUAUGAUUACAGCUUUACCAACCAUUUUUCACAUUAAAGAUGGAGUAUUCCGACAGUACAGAGGGUCCCGUGAUAAGGAUUCUUUUAUCAGUUUUGUCGAGGAAAAAAAGUGGCAGAAAGUUGAACCUGUUUCAAGUUGGUAUUCACCGCAAUCCAUGUCCAUGACAAUAAUGUCUUGCUUUUUCAAAUUUUCAAUGUUAUUGAGAAAUGUGCACAACACUAUCGUUCAAGAUUAUGGCAUUCCAUACUGGGGAUCAUACAUUGUUUUUGGACUAGCUACAAUACUUAUUGGUGCACUUCUUGGCUUGAUUAUAGUUUGUUCUAUUGAUUUCUUCUGCCCAUCUAGAGCUGGAUAUGAAGUACUGCAAAGGAAUCCUGAUGCUGGUACUAAACAUAAAGAAAAAGAUAGUGAUGGCGAAUUCGAAGGUGAAGAUGUAAUCAAAGAUGAUACUGGUGAUGAUGCUGAAAUCAGGAGGAGAAGAGAACCAUCUGAGAAUUAGAUUUCAAUGAUCUUUUCCCUUUUCAUGUCAUUCAUUGACAAUGGUGGUGAUACUGAAGAUACUAAUAUUGGGUAUUUUUGUAAUUGAAGAAAGUUUUAUAUUUGUUAAUAACUAAUGAACUGUUUGGAUGCAUUAUUUUACAAUCUUAUGAGGAUGUUUUCUUUGUGAAACUCAAUUUCUUAAGAUUUUUUUCUUGAUUUCAUAAGCACUUUCUGUUUCAACUUAUUAAUUUCCUGCUCAAUUUUAUGUUUUAAAAACACCCAUCAUCUGAUUUUUCCCCGUAUUUAUGUUUUUAUUAAAAAAUUACUAUUAAAUUUUUUUGGAAUUUCGGAAUGUUGGUCUGUUCUUCUUGAGUGCUUUUGGUUGUACUGUUGUUUCAUGUUUGUUGCAUGCAAAGUUUUAAUUUAUGAAUUUGUUGGAUUUGUACAGAUCAUUGUCAUCAUUGUAUUUAUUUUUUGUAUUGAAUAAAUUUU